CGUAGAUUUCUUGAUUCAUAAUAAAACGAACAUAUGCCAAUAAUAAUGCUGCAUUAUCAGGUAAAGUUGACUCGUCCAGUUGUAUAGAGAAAUGGGUCUAUUGUUGCUUAAGGGAAUUCUUUUAAUGAUAUCAGAUGCAGGUUUGUGUAAAACAGUUUUUAAAACCUCUUCAACGGCUGGCAAAAUUAACUUCUCUCCGAUAGUAUGCGGUUUUCCGGAUUUUGCUAUAAGUAACGAGAUAUUGUAA